AACCCUAUCACAGUGUAUACCUACCUAGGUAUAAACAACGAGAAUGUGUUAUUCAUCAAAGGAUGUGUAUGUGGAUUCACAAUAAUAGACGUUUUGUGGACCCGGGCAACCCCUCAAUGCAGAUACAGUUCUGCAAUCAACUUUCAUUACUUGACUGUCAUCACAGUUGGUAUUUUAUUGGUGUUAUUUUAAAACAUGGAAUUUUUUAAGGAAUAUUAACUUCGAGUGUGGCAAGGACGUGGGUAGUAUCGUGUGUACAGAAGGACUACUCAAAGACAGGUAUGGCUUUCUGAGUAGACGUGAAGCUAAAGAAACAGUUAUUUUAUGGAUGAUACGUUACAAUCAAGCUUGCAUACGUUUAGGGAAGGACUUUAUAACACGUUGAACCUAAAGCCAUGGACAGGAUAUACUUUCAGUGGUGAUUUUGGAUACACAAUGUAUGGUAUAUUUGUACAUAAAUAUACCAUCACAUGGUACAGUAUUUGUGUGAAUUGAGACGAAAAUAGUUCAGAUUAAACAGUAAAUGGAACAGCUGUGAGAAGCUUAGCUGUAUCCAAAACAAUGGCAUACUGGGCAAUUCCUCGCCGUCAACGGUGAUCUAGUGACGUCAACAACGUAUUCCUACGUGGGACGGUUCGUAUGAACGUGGGCAGUUUGGUAGACGGGUCGGGCAACAAUCUGUGUGACCAUGUGAUCUGUGUGACCAUGUGAUAUGGGGUGCAAUCAAAGCGAUACGUCCUACACCGGGGGCCGGUCCCUCAGGCUCAUCAUGGCGGGGCUCGACGGCUCAGGUAAAACGACUAUUCUGUAUCAACUUCUGCAUCGAAACUUUUUCACCACCACCCAGACCCUUGGAUUUAACGUGGAGACAAUCCAGCAUCGUGGUGAUGAGCUCACCGUCUGGGACAUGGGCGGGCACAAGUCCAUCCGGGGACUGUGGAAACACUAUCUCUUCCAGGCCCAAGGUAUCAUUUUCGUGGUGGACAGCUCUAGUAGAGAGCGACUACCUGAGGCCAGGGACGUGCUACAAACUUUGCUAAGACAUAGAGAACUUGACCACGUGCCUGUUGUUAUACUAGCCAACAAGCGGGACAAACCUGAUGUGUUAACGGAAAGAGCAUUGCUUGAUGGACUCGGACUGUAUGACGUCACUGGUAGGCUAUGUACCAUACAAUGCACAUGCGCUGUGACGGGAGAUGGACUCAUGAAGGCAAUAGACAACAUCGUAAACUUUAGUAAACGAGCCCAAGAGAACUCUGCCAGUAAAUCAGCAUAGCAUCAGAAAUAUUGGCCCAAAUUCAAAAUAAACUUGUAACAGAUCCUGUGAGCGAAAACUGCAUAAACUAAUAGCAAUACUGGAACCAACAGGCAUGUGUAACACAGUUUUUAUUUGUCAAAUACAGUUUCAAGGUUUUUUAGAAAUCGGUUCUGUAUUCAUAUACAUAGGUGGAAGUAAGAAAUUCUUUUUUAACCUGCGAGAUGAACAAGGCCUGGCCUGAGGUUUCCCAGACGUUUUCCAUCCAAAUCAUUUGCAGUUAAUUUCAUUAACUUAUUCUUGUCUAGUAAUUAUCGUUAUUUUCCCUGAUUUUAUGAGAUUAUGUUAUAUUGAAUAUUGUUAUUAAGACAGAUUACUGUGUAGAAUUAAGUUCCGUAUUGCUGUUAUAUCUUCAUUAACACUUGAGUCAUUAUUACAACAGUUGGAGAGUACUCGUUCCUUGUGGUAUUACAUUCCGACCUGUGCACUUCUUUUCACGGGAAAGACGUACAUAUAAAAAAACAGUUCAACAUACAUUUCAUAAUGUACUGCUUUCCGAAAAAAAUUACAAGAAAUAUAAUUCAUACAUCAUUUAUUAUUUAAUUACCAAUAAACAGUUAUCUGAAAUAAAAAUAAGUUUUUGCUCAGCAUAUGGAUAUUUAACCUUAUCACCUGGAGGUGACACAGUGACGGUAGACUGUCGUGAUAUUGUAAUACACGACCUGUUGUGAUUACAAGAUGUGUCGGUGCUAUGUUGACAGAUAACAUAAUCAGUUGAUUAAUCUAUAAGGCAGCUUUGUGAGACGAUGAUUGUUGAAUUGUGUGAUGCCGAUGAAUGAAAGCAAAUGUGUACGUGGAUUGCCUGCCUGUGGACGUUACUACUACGUUAUAAUGAUGUUUCGAGGAAUUAUCAGUCCAAUCAGUCCGUUUAAACUAUAAGUGUUAGCUAUUGGUCAACAUGUUAAUAACAUGAAAUAUUGCUUUGUACAGUAUCUAUUGAAGGAAUGAUGGAAAUGUUAUAUUUGUGAUCACAUUCUAAGAGUUUAUAUUGUGCACAUGUCUCGAUUAAACGUUAAA